AUGCAGAGCCAGAGGACAUCCAGUGCAUCACCUCGCGCCAUAGAGAUCCUGGGCUCUCAAGUACAGCCAACCUGGUCCUUAAUGUAUCAAUGGGAGGCCCUCCUCUUCCAGCCAUCCUUCACUCUUGCAGACAGAGAAAGCUCCUCUGCUUCUUCUAUGCUUCCCAACGACCUGAUGACCCGUCUCAUCUCCUCUUCUGCAUUUGAGAGCUCUUCAGACGUCUACUGA